AUGUCUUUGCCGAUAAUUUUGUAUAGGGGACUACGGGAUGAGACUAGACGGAAUGAUGACUUGAACGGCGUACGUGAUGACGAUGCCUCUCAACUAAGUGCCUUGCUUCAUAAACCAGUGUGCGAUGAUGUCGCGAGUGCCGUUCGACAUUACAAACCACAGAGAGUACUUACACACCAGGUCCAGAACUGGCACAACGAAAUCAAAGAGCUGAAACGUGCCUUAUACAAGUGGCAGAAGUCAAAAACAGGAACCCGACCCACACACCGGCUAGGUUUCUGUGGACUCGUAGGUGAACAGGUGGACUCGAUUGAAUACCACAACAACCGCGUAGCAAAGUACGGUCUCGCAGUCGAUGAAAUGAUGACAAACCCGGAUAUGUGGGUUCCUACCGAUACGGCCUUCGCGGUUAUGACAACUAUGUCCAGUGUAGCUGCUGCCACUGAAAACAAAUACCUGAGCGCGGCAGGAGCUAACUUGAUUGCCGGGAUCAUCAGAGAGGCUCCGGAACGCCGAGAUCUCUUCUGGAUGAACGUUUCGCUUAAUCGUGUAUCCCGUAGUUCACGCUGGCUUUUGGCUACUGUAUUGGCAAUCGCGCUGAUUCUCCUGUGGUAUAUUCCCAUUUCGUUCGUUCAAUCGUUCAUCUCAAUGGAGUAUUUAUCUACUAAAAUACCGUGGUUCGAUAGUCUGGUGGACGCAAUUCCUUUUAUGAGAGGCCUGCUGCAAGGGUUUUUACCACUUGUGUGUCUGAAGAUCUUUAUGGCCGCUCUACCGAAAAUCUGUAUAGGUCUGGCUAUCCUAGAAGGCUGCCGAACGAAAAGCAAGAUUGAUCGACGUUCCACGAGUACUCUCUUCUACUUCCAGCUGUUUAACGUGAUGUUGGGGUCGAUUGCGAUGAGUACGGUCUUUACGUCUCUUUCCAUGGACGUUCCGAUUUCGAUCUUUGAGAUGCUGGGGGAUUCGAUGCCUGGUACCUCAACUUUCUUCAUGAAUUAUGUCAUCGUGCUUACCUUUAUCGGCACAGGAGUGGAGCUUCUCAACAUGCCGAUGCUCUUCGUCUCUGGGUUUCUUGUUGCUUUCUUUGUCAAGACACCGGUCGAGGAGGAAAAAACUAUCCAUCCUGAUCCAUUAGAGAUUGCAAAGCCCUACGCGGAGUUCUUGCUGGUUAUGUGUAUUGGACUCGUAUUCAGUACGGUUGCACCCAUCGUACUACCUUCGGUGGUGCUUUACAUGUUCGUCUGCAGAUACGUAUUCUUGAACCAGUUGAGAUACGUAUACGAGCCUGCGUACGAGACCGGUGGUCGCGCUUGGCCUCUUGUUUUCUCGCGAAUUAUGGUAUGCAUAAUGCUAUUCCAGGCCACCAUCUGUGGUGUGCUGCUGAGCAAGGAUAUGGUGGUAGCGUCGGCUAUGAUUUUGCCGCUUCUCGUUCUGAGUAUCUUCUUCUGGCGUCAUCUAAGCAACAGAUAUGGGCACGCUUACAAGCACACGCCUGGAUCCAUUGCCCAACGUGUAGAUGAGAGAGCUCGCGCGUUGGCUCUCCUGGAAAUGUCACAUGCGGAAUACACAGAGCCAGAACAACCCGUGAAAGCAGUCGCGAAUACCAGACGCCGUAGCAGUGCAGGAUCGACUGACAGUGACAUUGAUAGACCAACUACGUCACAAAGUACGAAGGACAACACGGCGGUAGCGAUAAACCAGACCGUCCGCAAAGUAUCCAAAAGAGAUUCCCCCCUUUCCUUCUACCGCAGCACCCCAAAGUCAAAUUUGGAGAUGGAUUCAUGCGGCAGGCUUCGACUGGCCGCAAACAACCCAUUUGCAAGAUGGCGUAAUCACAUUCCCGAGUCUAUGGAGGCCACAGAGGUGUUCAUGCCAGACUUUGACAGCAAAGUCAGACGGAAACAAAAAGAUUGUAAUUGGCUUCAUCAAUUGGCAACUGCCACCCACCCGCCCUCACUUCAUGAAUUGUUCUCAGAGUUGCUGAAGUCUAACACCGAAGAUAGCGCUGGCAUCUCGAUUGCCGAAUGUAUGGUAAGAGACCCACGCGAACCGGAGGUGAAGAAGUUCGGCACUGCAGCACCUGAUCAAUGCUCCUUGCAAUCAUAUAAAGAAGGCAAAACCAUCACACUCCAAGGAACAAUAGAAAACUUAAAACAAGACAAGAAAAAGGUCAACCAUCCGUGUGAAUAGUCUGUUCAUGCCGAUACUAUUGGGUAUCGAUGUCAAAUAGCAACUGACAACAGAACUUUACUAAGCCCUGCAAGUAUCAGCAUUUAAUGUGCGAAGGCGUCGGACGGAAUGUAACAUUCAAGUAACCGUCAGAAGGCCUCGAUUCCAAGUACUAUUGAAAAUGCACAUACAUAAAGUAAUAGCAACCUAUUCUGCCACUUUCUAUUUUGUGAGGUGGAAGCAUUGCGUUGCACACCGACAGUGACAGAAGGAAGAGAAAGCAGGUGAAAUAGACACGUUUCCAA